CCCUCGUGCGCCGCUCCAGCGUGUGACUCGUUGUCGGUCUCGCGCCCCGGUGCCAUGGCGUCCGGAGAGGAGGACGGAGCGCUCGAGGAAAAGGAAACGAACAACAAAAAGCGGACGAAGAGCAUUAUCGCCACAGCAUGGCUCAUGUUCUACAAUAUCGCCAUGACGGCGGGGUGGCUGGUGCUGGCUAUUGCAAUGACUCGCUAUUAUCUCCAGAACGGCACACAUAAGGGCUUGUACAAAAGUAUUGCACGGAUACUUAAGUUUUUCCAGACCUUCGCUCUUCUGGAGGUUGGGCACUGUGCAAUUGGACUUGUAAGGACAUCUGUGAUUGUGACUGGGGUCCAAGUAUGCUCUCGAAUAUUCAUGGUUUGGUUCAUCACGCAUAGUAUUAGACAGGUCCAGAAUCAAGAGAGUGUGAUCCUGUUUUUGGUGGUGUGGACUGUCACUGAGAUCACACGCUACUCCUUCUAUACUUUCAGUUUGCUUAACCAUCUGCCUUAUUUCAUCAAAUGGGCCAGAUAUAACCUGUUCGUUGUCAUGUAUCCUUUGGGUGUGAUCGGUGAACUGAUGACCAUAUAUGCUGCUCUGCCUUAUGUUCGGAAAGCGGGCAUGUACUCUCUACGACUCCCAAACAAAUACAACGUCUCCUUUGACUAUUACUACUUCCUCAUUAUUGCAAUGCUCUCCUACAUCCCACUGUUUCCUCAGUUGUAUUUCCACAUGCUGCGUCAGAGAAGAAAGGUGCUUCAUGGGGAGCUUAUAGUAGAGAAGGACGAGUAGAGAAAUACCGCACCAUACAGAUCACCACAGCAAUUAAUUAAUCCUCAAACCUGUAUACAACAGAGACGAGUAGAUAACAUCAGACAGGAUGAUCAGCAACCCAACAUACAAAUUGCAACACAUUGGAAACGCUCAAGUAGCCAAUCUCUACUAAGCGUCCCCUCUUCUGUAGUUGAGAAUUGGGUGCUCUUCAACUUGGAUGAAAAUGCUCCCAGUAUUCCUGAACACAUCCAAAUAAUGAUCAAUUUAAAAGCAGUGAAGCUUUUGGGUGUAUUUCAUUUGAGUCAUCGCAAUAACAACUACCACUGGAAUAAAUGUAAUUUAUUUGGAUCACA